AUGGAUGAUGAUAUCAACAAACAGUUAUACAAAGAAUUCCAUGCAGUGCCUAGUUACAUAUUAGGCACGGUUCUACGUGACAUGAGAAAUUGUGCAAGAGAAAUGGUUGCACUGAAUUCUGAAAAACGUGAACUAAUGGAGAUGAAUGUGUUGCUUCGUAUUGUUACCACGAUAGACGAAGAUCAUUAUAAUUGUGUUGGUCGACAAAAUGUGGGCUUGCCAGCAAGAUUGGAUUUUGAUACAACUUCUUCAAACUCCAAAGAUCAUUGUUCAAUUUGUUUCGAAGAGUUUCGCAAUGCAUCGUGGAGUGAACUAUUUUACACAAGAUGUUCUCAUGUUUUUCAUAGAGAAUGUAUUGCAAAAUGGAUCAAUCGAUGCGUCAAUGGUGCACGAUCUUAUUCUUGUCCAUUGUGUCGAUGUGAAAUUAUAUGA